UUGAAUUAAAAUGUUGACUCUGCUAUUUAUUCUAUUAAUGAAUGUCAAUCUUAAAAGCUUUAUAUGUAUCCAUUGAUAAAUAAAUAAAUGAACAAUGUUAAUUUUAGAGAGUAUUUGUUUAUAACCAAGUGCUUUUAGAUUGAGUUACACAGACAAGAUUUUUUUGUAAUUUUGCAAAAUAAGCUUAUUAUACCACAUUAAAAUGGGAUAUGAUAAUGCCUCAGGGAAUCGACUGCUGUUGUUCUACUGCUCCUUCACUUGCAUCUAUUUCCCUGGCAUCCUGAUACUACUAAAGUUCAAUAACAAUUUAUACAACGUGGGAACCUACAAAUUUAUUCCAAUUCUGAUAAUACUAAUGUUUGCAGAAGUCAUCAAGCUCUCUUUCUCUUUAUUGCAAGCAGAUCAUAUAACUUUAGGCAAGAAUGAAUCACGAUUUUCUUCAAGGUCCAAAAGAUCCUGGACAAAGAAUCUUAGAGGAAUCUUUAAAUUUUGUAUUGCUAUGAUAACAUUAUCUGUCAUUUACUUCAUUGUUAUUAUAUUAUUCGGUGCUCCUUUAUUGACUCAUCAUGAAGAAACAAUUAUGCUUGCCCUUACUUUGACGGCAUUAACAUUUAUUCCAGCUAGCUUGCACUUAGGUAUUGAUAACGCAUUAGCACUUUUAACUGGAGCACAGCCUCAAAAUGCAGGUUUACUAUUAGAAGCGAUGAGAAUUAAUGUGAAAGCUACAUUACUCGGUUCAUGGCUAGGUGCUACUGUGAUUCCAUUGGAUUGGGAUCGACCAUGGCAGGCUUGGCCAAUUCCCUGUAUAACAGGUGCUCUAGUUGGAUAUAUGAUGGCUCAUUUCAUUACAUUGAUAAAAACACUUCCAGUUUUAAAACUAAAUAAGAAGUUGCACCGCUAGCCAAUUAAAUAAAUGAAUUUAUUGACUUAAUGUACUGAAUAAUUAUUUAAGUUAAUAAAUUAUGAUUUUAAAUUAAACCAUAAAUUUGUCGGGAGCAAUGGACAACCGUAUUUAAAAUAAUUGUGUAACAUUGAUAUUGCUAUUACAAAAUUUCAUCAGUUCACCUCUAUGAACUUCUGCUGUUUUCAUUCUCUUAAACUCAUUCAUUUCAAAUUAUUGAGUUUAGUAAUGAAUACUACACUGCCAAAUUAAAAUAGUUAUUUACGGCUUUUAUGUUAUACAGAAUUAAAGUUUAUUAAUUCUUCAGAAAUAGAUCUGGAUAAAAUUCUAAUAAAAUGAUCUUAGACUAUAUCUACAGUUUGCAUGAUGUAUAUAUAUAUAUAUAUAUAUUAUUGUGUCAAAAUGUUUCGAUGCAUCAAUGCUAUAUACAAAAUCAUCAUGAAAUGUUAAAUAUAUACUGUACUUAUAAAAA